UCGGUCGCUCGCACAACGUCAGUGGCACUGAGGCUUCGGUGAAGAAAGGAGUCGUCGCUCCUGCUUCGGGUUUCCUGGACAGGUGUGUUGGACAACUUCACUUUCAGAAGUUAUAAACCUGAUUUCUUUGACAGCCAUUUUGCGGCAUUCAGUCUGAAUCAGACGAAGUUUAAAUACAAAGCAAUUACACACAAACCUUCGAGGAUUUUAAAUCCCGUUUCUUGUUGGUCACGUGUAGAAAACUAUUGUGUUCGCAUGCGAAUAAAUUUGGUUGAGAUGAAAGAUAUAGUGAUUAGUUCAGAGUGAAUAUGUACAUUACGUUUAUCAUUAAGUGAAAAAGUGUUAAUGUUUAUCAACACAACGCUGCUCAGUCAAGAAUAAAGGAAGUUUGUGAAUUUCUUUUUUCAAGAGGAAUGAACGCCAGAGGCAAGGUUCAAUGCCUAAGUAUCUGACGCCCACAUCAAAGACAGCAGAUGAAGAGAAUUCCUUCGGUCAUGAGUAUCGAGCGAGCGACUAGAUCUCAUCUGAUUUAUGAUGACAUGAUUAACUCGCCAGCUUGAUUGAACGCCCUUGUCAGACUUGAAUCACUGACAGAGAUUGGCCAUCUGGCUCUCUUAAUGACCGCGUGACUGGCUGAGUGCGUUUGAACGACUGAUCAGCAACAGGAUAUAAUAGUUGAUACUGAGUGAAGAUUUCAGAGGAGAUUAUCCUCGUUUUCUAAAUACAAACAGUGUUGAAAGUGUCAUAUGUUUACUAUUGAAGUGCCUAUCAACAUUGUCGUCCGAGAGGAAGCUAUUAAUCUGUGAAAAAUACGAAUUGUGUAUUGUAAAUGUGCAACAGAGGAUCCUGUAGGGAUAGUAUGACUUUCUGAUUAGUUUUCCGAUGAACAAUCAAUAUCUUGAAUGAAAGAAAUAUGAUUGUCAAAUUAUGAUUGAAAAUCAGUAUCUCUUCAGUUGGUUUUGCCUGACCUAUAAAACAGUGAAUGCAACUUCUAAUACGAAACUGACUUUACCAAAUUGGUUCCCUUAUUCAUAGUGUUAAAUACGUUAUGAUGCUUGGCAUUAACUAAAAAACCAAGGUAUAAUGGCUUCUGUAUUAACAAGCAUUGAAAUGGCACCUACUGCAACUACUAAAGAGGACAUCAGUAUAGACAAAUGUAACGUGAAUAGCCAGAGUAGUAGUCAACCUGAAGUGAAGCUUCAGCCAGGUGUAAACAGACACAGAAAACAAUUGUCAAUGCCUUUUGAUCUAAGUCCCCUUCAAGCUUCUCUCGCAAUGCCAUGCAAUUUGAUACCUCAUUGUGGACCACUCUCUACGUCUUGUGGUGCUGUGUUUUAUAAAGACAAAGUUCCCGAAGGAUCUACACCAUUUAGUCUCCCUGUUGGUGUCAAAGACCUCUUUAGUAAAGAAAACAAAGAGAUUUUAGGCGUUCCUGUGAGUAGCACAAUGCCAGAGGAAAAAGAGUAUUUGCUAAAUUGCUCUGAGGUGUCAGAGCUUCCUUGCGACCUUGGAGGUCCUGCUUGUGAACAAUCCAUGCUGAGUGCUGGGUACAAUAAUAAUAGUGGAGUUGUGAAAAAUCAGCCAUCCCGUGUCAAGCUGCUUCCUACUUCACCCGAAUCAAUAUCUCCACCAUCUGGCAAGUGUACCUGCGUAAAUCCUGGAAAUAGCCAUGCAUGCGCCACAAGAUUAACACAUAGGGCAUCUCUUGGUGUUAUUAAUCCUCUUUUUGAACAGGAGACAUAUCCUCAGUUGAGUCUAGGUCAGCCAAGCAGUCCAAGGAGAUUUUCCCUGGACAGUGUUUUCACUUCAGCAAGCUCAGAUCUACCUGACUAUCCUAGUUAUUUUAUGAUAAGUAAUAAUCAUAUAAUGAUGCCAAACACACCUCAUAUCAGAAGCUCAAGUUUAUCUUAUGGGGAUACAGCAUCAUCUACAAAAGUCACCGGGGUUUCUGGUCAAAAGCAUCUAUCAGAUUACUCACAAAAUCCUGACAUACAUGGAGGAUCCAGUAGUGCGAGUGUUAUGUCAGAUAUAUCCCAGCAAAGUAAAAAUCAAGAGAAGUCCCCUGGAGUUUUAUCUACAGACUGGUUUAGUUUACUGACACCAUCACCUGACAUUUGUGCUCAAAGGCUCUUCUCGCCAGAAGAUCUGCGAGAUGAGCUCCUGUAUCCUACACCCUAUGGAGUAACAUCAGAAGUCUACCAAAAUAUCAAUGCAAGGGAAGCUGAUUUCGUUCUUCUGAAACCGAAGAGAAAACCAAGGACAGAGACUCUCCCUCCAGUAAGUGUAGCUGAAGAACAACCUGUAGAAUCCGGCACUCAAGAAAGUAUAGAACAACAAACGACCAAUUGUUAUGGCAAUGAAGAAUCUUCUCACCAGGAGCAAGAUGAUGCCAGUAAAAAAACCUCACUGAUAGAGAGACGAAAAAGUAGCUUGGAAAAGCUUUAUAUUCCCCCUGUAAAGGAACAAGUAAAACCACCUCUGGAUAUCAAGAUUGAUAAUUUUGACAGAGAAGAAUAUAUUAAUUUCAAAAAACGACUAAGUGCAUCUGACGCGCUCACUUAUGAUAUACUGAAAAAUAAUAGCAAUUCUUGUCCUUUCAGGCCUUUCAGCCUCCCAUUACGGACAAGUUCAGAUGAUGUAUUGAACAUGUCUGAGAUAAAACGACAUUUACUGCAAACCGAUCUGACAAAAAAAAAUAAAAAGAAACCUGAUAAAGAUUCUAACACAAAGAUCACAGAGCGAAACUCUAUCAACACAAAAUAUAACUCACUGCCAACAAAUUUCAAGAAAGACAGGCAGACGGAAAAUACUUCAUCAAAGAAGAAUACACAGGAAAAAGGUGAUACUUUGGACACUGUAUUCUCUCGUAAGAGUCAAAUUUGGAAUGACGAAGCGUUUAUGAAAAGCCAUUUGUCGAGAAGGAAUAUUCGUAAACAGUCGUUGCCGACUGAAGAACUUUUUAGCAACAGGCGCCCGAAGAUAAGCAGGCAUCCUAGUCUAAACCCUCUUCUAGAUUACCAAGCACUGGAGAGAAUCCAGCAUAAAUGUGGGACAUUCUCUCCUGUUAGAGAAUUGGAUGAAGAGUUCUCUGGCUUAGGUGAUAAAUCUCCUAACCGAAAUCCUUUGUCGAAAAGACACUCUAUUGCUCUGAUAAGAGAGGAAAAAACAAUCAAAGAAUACAAAGACUUUUCUCUUGAGUGUUCAGAGAAAGCGAGGCCAAGUCAUAGACGUCAUAAGCACAAAAUGCAUUCAUUAACUGAAGAACCGAGAAAAGUCAAAGGCAGAUCGCGACAUAAAAGGGAGAAGAAAACGAGCAGUCAUUCUAAAAGCCGCACGAAAGAUUCACCCUAUAAAACCCAUCUCCAGCGUCAGUUAUCACAAGAACUCCUCAAGGCAUAUCCGGACAUCCUUAUCAAGUCAGAAAAGGAAAACUGGGAAUCGACGCACAGGUGUUAUCAAGAGGGCCCAGUCAAUGAGAAAAAACUCAGAAACCUUCCAACGUCUUCCAGUUCUAAGAGACUUCACAGGAAACACCAUCGCCGCACAGUCAAGCCAACUCACACAGCUUCGAAGAUGUACACAAGUCCCCUUGGGCCAGGCUAUGAGGUGGACUUUCCAGACCAGGUGGUGCCAUAUCAGCGUCUGGAGGAGUCUCCAACCCCCACUUCCAUCAAGAAUGAUUUCCACGUUCCUGAAUCACGAAGGAAGGACAACGUCCGGCACCGUAAGCCUAGGAGAAGGCCACGUCAUCGCCAUGACGACGACCACUACUACCUCAGCUCGUCUCUGUCUUCUAAUUCGUCGUCUUCGUCUAGAUCCAGAUCAUCGAAAUCAUCGUCGUCCUCGUCGUCGUCAGGGUCGUCGUCAGACCUGAGUUCUUCAUCUACCUCGUCCUCUUCAUCCGAUUCGUCAGACUCCGAGUCAUCUACGUCAUCUUCUUCGUCAUCGUCAUCUUCAUCAUCCUCUGAUUCGUCUGAUAUUCAGGACUUGAUUCUUUGAUGGAAAGUCUCCAGUAGCUAACUACGGUAUUCUAUAGCAACUAUCGGAACUGUCUAUAAUACAAAGUCAAGAGCAUUUCAACGUUGUGCUUUGUAGAUAAAAUCUUAUGUUUUUCGUCAAUGGCUGUGCAAUAACAAUCUAGAUUUUUUUUUUUUUGAAGAUUUUGGUUAUAAUGAAAAAUGACCUGUUUUAUCAAGACUUUUUUUUAUAUAGGUUAUUGAUAAUUAAAUACAGGUAUAAGGUCAUUAAACAAUAUUCUGUAUAUAGUGCUCUUCAUUUUAUGUGCCUAUGAAUGUAUAUCAGUGCACAUAUGAAUAUAUAUGUGCAAGUACUUAAACACAUGUUAAAGUGUAUGAGCAUGCAUAUAUGUAUGACUUUUGUGUGUCUGCUAGAUUUUUUUUUUUUUUUUUGACAGAGAAAAGUGUUAAAAUGUUUGACACCAAAAACAUGGAAUUAGUAGUGAUACAACUCAUGCUCCGUUUUAUAAUAAUAAUAAAAAAGAUAUAUAUAAACAUUAAUUUUCAUUUCAUCUUUUUAGGGGCCUACUAUGACAUGUGCUUUAUGUCAAUACAUAAUGUAACUGCAUUCACUCUUUAAAUGAUGUAAAAUAAAUUGAAUGCCUUAUUAGCUUUAAAGGCAUUUUUAAAGAUUGUUUGUUGUUCAAACAUGGCACAUCAUAAAGAACGCUUAUUACUGUGCACGAGAGAGAGGGAGAGAGCGGGAGGGAGAGAGAAAGCAGAAACUUUCACCCAUUAAAAUUGCACCUUUUCCAAAUUCUUUAACUUUCAUCAGUUAAUCAUCAACUGAAUUUUUUAAAACUUGUAUCGAUGCCCAUUCAGUUUUCAGAAAGUGAAUACUAAUCAAUCCAAAGAAGAAACAAAACGAGGAAAACAUUACUAACUUGACAGUUAAUCACAGACAAAACCAUAUACAAAUUCGCGUCGGUAUUUCUUAAAUCUUUCAAAAUCGGCGUAGGUCCUGUCUUCAUAAAAAGAAUGCUUUUGUUUUGCAUCCCUGUUCCUCGUUUAUUUGACCAUAUUUCACUACUGUUAUUCCCGUCAUUACCACUUUUAUAAAUAAAGGAAAUGCAAAAAUCUGAACAUUCAAAUUCUCUCUCUCUCUCUCUCUCUCUCUCUCUCUCUCUCUCUCUCUCUCUCUCUCUCCUCAUACACAAGAGCAAGCUUUCACUGACUUUAACAAAGUUAAGUCACCAUUUCUGUUACCAUUAUAAGUUGUUAAAUAAUUUCUCUUCUUCUCGAUUAUGAUUACUGUCUUGUACAUAGUGUAUAAAAUACAAACUUGUAUACAUAGCCUGUAAUAAAGGAAGUUUUAC